AUGGCGCUCGACAACUACUACCGCAAUAAGAUUGAGAGCAUGAAGCUCGAGAUAAUUCAAGGGCAAGCGGUACUACGAAGACUUGAAGCGCAACGUAAUGACUACAAUUCGAGAGUGCGCCUACUGCGGGAAGAGCUCGGCCUACUUCAACAGCCCGGAUCCUAUGUCGGAGAGGUGGUGAAAGUCAUGAGCACAAAGAAGGUUCUGGUGAAAGUACACCCGGAGGGUAAAUAUGUUGUCGAUAUUGCGGAUGGCGUCGAUAUCGGCAAACUGACCGUCGGCAAGCGUGUCGCCUUGCUUUCCGAUUCUUACAAACUUGAGAAGAUGCUCCCCUCGUCCGUGGAUCCGUUGGUUUCGCUCAUGAUGGUUGAGAAGGUCCCUGACAGCACAUAUGACAUGAUUGGUGGUCUUGAUCAACAGAUUAAGGAAAUCAAGGAAGUUAUUGAACUUGGCUUGAAACACCCUGAGCUGUUUGAGUCUUUGGGAAUUGCACAACCUAAGGGGGUUCUUCUUUACGGGCCGCCGGGAACCGGAAAAACACUCCUCGCUCGAGCUGUCGCCCACCAUACGGACUGCAGGUUCAUCCGUGUUAGCGGAUCGGAACUCGUGCAGAAGUAUAUUGGUGAAGGCAGCCGUAUGGUUCGUGAACUAUUCGUUAUGGCUCGAGAACAUGCACCAAGUAUCAUUUUCAUGGACGAAAUCGACAGCAUUGGUUCCAGCCGUAUCGACUCCGCGGGCUCAGGUGACUCGGAGGUCCAACGCACCAUGCUUGAACUUCUCAACCAGUUGGAUGGUUUCGAACCAACCAAAAACAUCAAAAUCAUCAUGGCUACUAAUCGACUUGAUAUUUUGGAUCCAGCGUUGUUGCGUCCUGGAAGAAUCGAUAGAAAGAUCGAGUUCCCACCACCAUCUGUCGAAGCCCGUGCAGAUAUCCUACGUAUCCACUCUCGGUCAAUGAAUUUGACGCGUGGGAUUAAUCUCACGAAAAUUGCAGAAAAAAUGAACGGAUGCUCCGGAGCCGAACUGAAGGGUGUGUGUACUGAGGCGGGUAUGUACGCACUACGAGAGCGGCGAGUCCAUGUCACCCAAGAGGACUUUGACCUGGCCACAGCCAAGAUUCUCAACAAGCAUGAUGACAAGGAGGUAGCGGUCUCUAAGUUGUUCAAGUAG